AUGAGUUCGGCUCUUGGAAUACUUCUUGCUUGUGUAGUUUUCUUCAUAUCUCAACGUCCAAUUUCUGCUAUCAAUUGCUAUCGCUGUGCACAAGGAACAGAUGGAUGUGGUGCAAGUACCUUUAGCAAGACGGGUAGUGGCGUUUUUACUACGGCCGAUUCAAGUGCAAAUUAUUGCACGAAAAUAGCAUAUUCUAACAAUGCCAAUGCAGCUGUACGAUCGUAUGCCACGUCAGGUAGCUGCAAUACGAGCAAUACUUCAACUACUGCUGGUGUGACGCUCACCACUCUAUGUUGCACCACCGAUUUAUGCAACGAUACAUCUACUCGAACAUCAAAUAUCAUCAUCGCUAUGACAGCUGCUGCAGUAGGUUUAUUUCUCGUCAAAUAA